ACCUCUUAAAGUUGAGAGAUUCCAGGAAGUGAACUCAGAAAAAUACACUAGCUAGUGACAACUGACAGUAGCUGUUCAGAUGUGUAUGGUGUGUGAAGGCAGUCAGAUCUCUCCUCUCUGUAUCUAGAUCCCUCUGCACCACCAUGAUCAACACUUACCAGACCAGCAUGCCUCCGCCACCUAUUCCCCCACGGCUAGGCUCUGUGUCGGCACCAGGACCAGGCCACAGCAAGCCUCUCCUCAGGUUUCUCAUUGGCAUGAUAGUGCUUCAAAUGGUUCUGCUACUGGGGGGAUUCACCUACCUGUACCACACGGACAACAAGUAUCACAAGGAGCUUGACAGCAAGUACCUGGAUGAUAUGAUCAUCCUGAAGAGACUUGAAGAGUGUGAGAAAGACAUCCAGUCAGUGCUGGACUGUAAGAAGCUUGUGGAGAAAUACAAAAGCAUCCUGGCAAAGGUCUCACAAGAGGAAGGAAGAGCUGCUAAACUCACUGGGGAUGGGCCCUCGUAUGGAGCCAUGGCACGCAUGAUAGUAAAGCAACCUGUUUCUGGUUCGCCCCCAACAAAGUAUCUGGAGUGGAACAUAGGCCACUCAGUGCGGAAGAACGUCCAGUACUACAUGUCCAGCUGGCUGAAGGUGCUGCAGCCUGGAGACUACAACAUCUACUCCCAGGUGGCUUUCUCCAAAUGGCACCCCAAAACCCCUCUGGCCAGCCGGGUGAAGCUGAGGAAGGGGGAGACGGGAGAGGAGAAAGACCUGAUGACAGCCUACUGCAGCCUGGGGGACCAGGAUCAUACAGACGUAUGUACAGCUUUCCAGGGAGGAGUGUUCAGUCUGGAGCCAGACGAUCAGCUUAGUGUGUGGGUGACGGACCCCAGCCUAGUCAACUAUGAGGAGGGGACUACCACCUUUGGAUUGUACAAGCUGUAGGCUGGUCAUCACAAUGGACAUUGCCUACAGUAUGGAGAUGAUGGACUACGUUACUUUGGAUUGGGCCUGUUUUUGGAGCGAUGAAUGGAAUCAAGGCCAUGUGAGUGGUUGGAGUGGGACAGGACUGAAUACAAAUCUGCUAAAUGGAUCUAAACAUGGACUAGACCAGUGGUUGCCAAACUUUCUAUAGUCCCAUACCGCUUCAAACAUUCAACCUCCAGCUGCGUACCCCCUCUAGCACCAGGGUCAGCACACUCUCAAAUGUUUUUUUUUGCCAACAUUCUAAGCCUGCCACACACACACUAUAUGAUACAUUUAUU